CCGGCUUCGUCUCCAACCGGAGAGCGCCACUUGCUGUCAAUCGAACCUUGCGAAGGUCACACGAGUGUCUUUGGGAUAUAUUCGGAGUGUGUGCUCUUUGCUCUCCUCGCGAAAAUUUUCACGUUCAUUUGACGUGACAUUCACUGCCGUCGACAUGCUGCCCCGAUUCCUCAGGCCCGCUAUAAGUGUCACCCAGCAAGGCGCGAAGCGACUAUCGACAAGUGCCACGCGAGAUGCAAAAGUCAGUGUCAUGGGAGCGAGCGGUGGCAUCGGCCAGCCACUGUCUCUGCUUCUCAAACAGUCACCUCUUGUUACGGAAUUAUCGCUAUAUGAUAUCGUAAAUACACCUGGUGUUGCCGCAGAUCUCUCACACAUGAAUACCGCUGCAAAAGUUAAAGCUUACAAUGGUCCGGAGCAGCUUAAAGAUUCUCUUAAAGGUGCUCAGGUUGUUAUCAUACCUGCGGGUGUUCCACGCAAACCUGGCAUGACGCGUGACGAUCUUUUCAAUACAAACGCCUCCAUCGUUCGGGAUUUAGUCGCUGCGAUGGCCGAAGUUGCGCCAAAGGCCUUUGUAGCAAUCAUCUCGAAUCCGGUCAACAGCACGGUGCCAAUCGCGUGUGAGGUGCUGCAGAAAGCUGGGGUCUUCGAUCCUAACCGCGUAUUCGGAGUGACCACUUUGGACAUCGUUAGAGCCAACACAUUCAUCGCAGAAGCGAAGGGUCUUGAUCCGCAGAAAGUCAAUGUCCCAGUCAUCGGUGGACAUAGCGGCAUUACUAUUAUUCCAUUAAUCUCCCAGUGCACACCGUCGGUAUCCUUCCAAGAGGCUCAACUGAAGGCGCUCACGGAGAGAAUUCAAGAAGCCGGUACAGAGGUUGUUAAAGCCAAGGCGGGAACUGGAUCCGCGACUUUGUCCAUGGCUUUUGCGGGAGCACGAUUUGGUAUUUCAUUAAUUAGAGCGUUGAAUGGAGAA